AUGUUCAAAAUAUACAUACUGCCAACUGGCAUAUGCAAAGCAAGAACGAUGAUAUUUGAAAGGAAUGUGUUGAAACUUGGAGGGGUGGUGCACAGUUCGUUCAAGGGAGGUGAAACGACGCAUGUAGUUGCAGAUGAUCAGAUGGAUUACCAGGCUGUCUGCUCGCUGUUAACAUCAUCGUCUACUAAUGCUAAUAUCAAUAAUGGUGAAGCACCCUUCAAAAUUGUAAAAUCAAAAUGGUUGAGCGUGUGCAUUGAUGCCAAAAAGUUUAUAGAUUGUAAUGAUUUUGUAAUCUGCAAUGCUAAAAUCCCUGAAGAAGUGAUUGAUCAGCAUAAAAUCAUUAAUAUUAAUAAUAAAAAUGAUAGGAAUCUUCAUAAGCAUUCGAUUGUGAUCAGCGAACAGCAGGAAAGUGACUACAGCAGUGAUGAAGAAAUUUUAUUUGAAAACAGCAUUCCAAAUCAUGUAUUUCAUUUUAUUUAA